AAUAUUUAAAUUUUUAAAAAGCUACCAUAAAUAAUUAUCAAGAUGAAAAUUACUAAAUUUUUUUGCUAUUUAAUAUUUAUUAUUAUUUUGUCGCAACAAUUAUUUGUAAUUGGUCAAGAUGGUGACAAUGGAGGUAAUGGCGGUAAUGGGGGUCCUUUCGGUUAUGGGGGUAAUGGGGGUAAUGGAAAUUCUGGCGGUAAUGGAGGUGAUGGCAGUAAUGGAGGUGAUAGUGGUAAUGGAGGUAAUGGGGGUAAUGAUAAUCAGCAACAAACUGAAACAACAACAACUGAAGGUAAUAAUUUAGGUGGUAAUGGAGGUGAUGGCAGUAAUGGAAAUUCAGGCGGUAAUGGAGGUCCUUUCGGUUACGGAGAUAAUGGAGGUAAUGGCGGUAAUGGAGGUGAUGGCAGUAAUGCAAGUCCUGAUGGUAAUGGAGGUGAUGGCAGUAAUGCAAGUCCUGGUGGUAAUGGAGGUGAUGGUAGUAAUGCAAGUCCUGGUGGUAAUGGAGGUGAUGGUAGUAAUGGAAAUACUGGCGGUAAUGGAGGUGAUGGCGGUAAUGGAGGUCCUUUCGGUUAUGGAGGUGAUGGCAGUAAUGCAAGUCCUGGUGGUAAUGGAGGUGAUGCUAGUAAUGGAAAUACUGGCGGUAAUGGAGGUGAUGGCGGUAAUGGAGGUCCUUUCGGUUAUGGAGGUGAUGGCAGUAAUGCAAGUCCUGGUGGUAAUGGAGGUGAUGCUAGUAAUGGAAAUACUGGCGGUAAUGGAGGUGAUGGCGGUAAUGGAGGUGAUGGCGGUAAUGGAGGUCCUUUCGGUUAUGGAGGUAAUGGGGGUAAUGGAAAUUCUGGCGGUAAUGGAGGUGAUGGCAGUAAUGGAAAUACUGGCGGUAAUGGAGGUGAUGGCAGUAAUGCAAGUCCUGGUGGUAAUGGAGGUGAUGGCAGUAAUGCAAGUCCUGGUGAUAAUGGAGGUGAUGGUAGUAAUGCAAGUCCUGGUGGUAAUGGAGGUGAUGGUAGUAAUGCAAGUCCUGGUGGUAAUGGAGGUGAUGGUAGUAAUGCAAGUCCUGGUGGUAAUGGAGGUGAUGGUAGUAAUGCAAGUCCUGGUGGUAAUGGAGGUGAUGGUAGUAAUGGAAAUACUGGCGGUAAUGGAGGUGAUGGUAGUAAUGCAAGUCCUGGUGGUAAUGGAGGUGAUGGUAGUAAUGCAAGUCCUGGUGGUAAUGGAGGUGAUGGUAGUAAUGCAAGUCCUGGUGGUAAUGGAGGUGAUGGUAGUAAUGCAAGUCCUGGUGGUAAUGGAGGUGAUGGUAGUAAUGCAAGUCCUGGUGGUAAUGGAGGUGAUGGUAGUAAUGCAAGUCCUGGUGGUAAUGGAGGUGAUGGUAGUAAUGCAAGUCCUGGUGGUAAUGGAGGUGAUGGUAGUAAUGGAAAUACUGGAGAUGGAGGUAAUAAUGGAAAUCCUGGCGGUAAUGAUAAUCAACAACAAACCGAGACAACAACAACUGAAGGUUAUAAUGGAAGUAAUGAAAGCAAUCAAAUUGAAGCUACACAUGAAGGUGCUAAUAAAGGUGACGAAAAUAAAGAUAAUGAAUUAACAAAUAAAGAAGAUCAUAACCAGGAAACUACUACUCCUGGAGGAGAUCAUAGCGAAGAUACUACUACUCCUGGAGGAGACAAUAGCGAUGAAACAACUACUCCUGGAGUAGAUAAUAGCGAGGAAACUACUACUCCUGGAGGAGAUCAUAGCGAAGAUACUACUACUCCUGGAGGAGACAAUAGCGAUGAAACAACUACUCCUGGAGUAGAUAAUAGCGAGGAAACUACUACUCCUGGAGGAGAUCAUAGCGAAGAUACUACUACUCCUGGAGGAGACAAUAGCGAUGAAACAACUACUCCUGGAGUAGAUAAUAGCGAGGAAACUACUACUCCUGGAGGAGAUCAUAGCGAAGAUACUACUACUCCUGGAGGAGACAAUAGCGAUGAAACAACUACUCCUGGAGUAGAUAAUAGCGAGGAAACUACUACUCCUGGAGAUCAUAACGAGGAAACAACUACUCCUGGAGUAGAUAAUAGCGAGGAAACUACUACUCCUGGAGAUCAUAACGAGGAAACAACUACUCCUGGAGUAGAUAAUAGCGAGGAAACUACUACUCCUGGAGAUCAUAACGAGGAAACUACUACUCCUGGAGGAGAUCAUAGCGAGGAAACUACUACUCCUGGAGAUAAUAACGAGGAAACUACUACUCCUGGAGGAGAUCAUAGCGAGGAAACUACUACUCCUGGAGAUAAUAACGAGGAAACUACUACUCCUGGAGGAGAUCAUAGCGAGGAAACUACUACUCCUGGAGGAGAUCAUAGCGAGGAAACUACUACUCCUGGAGGAGAUAAUAACAAAUCAACUUCUACAGAAGAUGAUGAUGAUGAUGGUAGCGAUUUUAUUGAAGAAGAUACUGACGAUGGUUUCUUUGCUAGUACUUCUGAACUACCGACAGAAAGUAGUUGCUCUGCAGGUGUUCCGUGCAAACAAUCAGCUGAUGGUUGUUGUUAUGGUCAAGAUGUUUGUCAUAAUGAUAAAUGUGUUAAAUUAGAUUUUGAUGAACUAUUGGGUCCAAUGUUUUAAAAUAACAAUUUUACAACAUUUAAGAUUUAUAAUAAUAAU